AGUGAGGGAGGAUCCGUGUCGAGUGGGGAGGAGCUAACGCGCUUCGAGUAUAUAUGCUGGAACCGACCAGAAGCAUGGUACAGUUGACCAAGAGGCAAAACGCAGGAGAGAGGGAGAGGACCGAUCGGGGCUACUUGUUUCGGUGCAACCCUGCGAAUCGAGUGACACCGGGACUCCCUAGGGGAUUCUAGUGAAAGUGCGCAGAGCCGGGCUGUGGUGCCAGUGCCGAGGAAACGCAAGACCGGUGCAUCCCCGGUUGACGAGCUUUUCUUCGCUCUCUUUCGGCCUCUCUUUGCCGCCCGGAAAGAAGAUGGUCGCCACUUCCGGCGCCCGCUUGGUCACCCUGGUCGCUGCCGGGGUGCUCCUCUUGGUGCUGCUUCCGGAUCUGGCUCUCGCAAGACCGUCCGGAGUCAUCAGCAGGCAAAAGCGAGUGUCGGAUCAGAGACUGGCCGAACUCGAGACUUUAUUGGCGCUUGCGAAAAUGCGGGGCAAGUUGGUCACGGUCCCUGUUGGAUUCGGUCGUGUGGAUCCAGCCAAGAUUGGGCGCAAACGUAGAUCAAACGUCGACAGUGAUCUCCAAAAAUUGCGGCAGAUUCUUCAAGCAGUCGCACGUGAAGAAUCCGUCUCGGUUAGCGAAGAGAGAGACGAGCUGCCAUCUUCUAAUUGGAAGGACAUAGAGUACCGACACAGAGUCGGGACGGAGGAUCAGCUGAUAUAACUCGAGCGAGUGUUUAGAAUGAAAUGACAAAAGGAUGUCUCACUCGUUACCGCCCAAACAGUAUUAGCGGAGCCUUCAGCCGCCUGAGUUUGAACUCUUGAAGAAAAAAGAAACUUUGACUAGAGCCUAAGUAAACUAAUAGAUCAACACCAUCCACUGGAUACGUACAGUCCGAGGAUGCUCGAGAAGCCGAAGAAAGGCCUGAAGGAAGAAUAUAGGGUCUACGUAACUUGCAACUCACUGUGUUCUUUACUUAAGUAUUUCAGUUUUGUACGGCACUUCCAAGGAAGAUCAACGCGCGCGCGCACGCGUUGAUUUAGUAAUUUAUUUAAUUUAACUUAAUGUAUAAUUUGUAAUUUCAAUUAAUUCUUAGAGGUCGAUUAUUUAUUUCCCUUAGGUAGCCUGGCGUUGACAAGGCCCGUGUGCUCUCCUCGUAACGUCGAGGACUUCGGGCCAUUUCUUUAUUUACCAUUUUACUUUUCUUAUCGCCCCCUAGUAUUGUCCAUUGUAACGAUUGUGGUAUUUAUUGAAAACUAGAUAGUAUUAACAAGAUUUAGCGAAUUCGACAACUCCUCGCUCUCCUUGGAGCGUCGUUUUGACGACCAGGAACUCGUUUUAUUAAGAUGAUAUGAGAAGGUCAUUUCUACAUAUAAAAACGUGAAAAUAUUUAUAGAAACUUUUGUUUAUUUACCCUAAACUAGAACAAAAAUCACAUUUUCUUUCUGAAAAGUGACAUCUCACGAGCAUCGUGUUCUUCCUUAGGGUCUCCAUAAUCGUGUGUUAAAGUUUGAAAUUAUUCGAUGCACCUUGUUUGGAGAAAAGUUUUAUAAAUAUCUUCGUUUUAUAUGUAUAGAAUGACCCUUUCAUGUCGUCAUAAGCGACUCAAUAGUUAAAUUUAUUAGGCGAAUUACUAACCCCACGAAAGACAAUUUAAUUGAAUAUGGCGAGGAUAAUAUAGUUGUCUAUUUUUACUUUUUUUUUUUUGGGGGGAGACGGAAAUUCUUGGGCGGAGCUUACCGUGAGUCGUGCGAUUUUAUAAAGUAUUUAUAAUCAAUAUUUGUAACGCUCGGAGAUUAACUGUCUCAAUUGUAAUAAUCUCGUUCACUUUGUGAAUGUUAAUCUCGGAGUUUGAUUGCACUUAAUGCAGAUCACCUUCGCACGGCUAUUUAGGUACGCAGGAAUGUUGAGAUUUAUUAACAUUCCUAAGAAUUUAUAUACGAUCGCAACGACUUAAUGUGAUACAUGAGUUAUCUAUCUUUUUUACCGUUUAAUAAUUUAUUUAUUAACUUAUUAUUUAUUAUCUCGAUACGAUUUCUGCAGAAUUUAAAUGCAAUAAAAGUAUCUCCUGGAUAAAUAA